CUUUUCAUAUAAUUUCUUUUUACUGGUGAACUAAAUAAGACAAAUUAAAAUUGUCCCCUGUUUUUUCUUUUUCCCCCAGCAAAAUCUGGCAUUCAAACAAAGGCUUAAUUUUGUUGUUCCCAAAAAAAGAAAGAAAAGGGCUUAAUUGUUGUUUGAGAGGGGGAAAAAACAAAAAAAAAAGGCACGUUCGCCUCGGGAUUCUUUACAACACAACCACAGGGGAAAGUGUGAAAUGAUAAAACCACUUUUAGAGUAAUGUGGUUCACAAACUAAUGGCAUUUUGCAAAAAAUAAGUUACAUUUCAAAAUGUUAUGAAAUUCAACUGUGCAAGUUUAUAUGUGCCAUGUUAUUAGUAUUAUUGUUAUUAUUUUGAUUACAAUAGAGGGAGGAAUUUUUACCAAAUCAAAAUUUUAAAUUUAAAUAUAUAGAUGUAUUUUUAAUGAUGCAGACCAAAUCUAACAGUACAAUUAUCAUUUUCAUCGUUAUUCUUCUUCUUCUUCUUAUUCUUAUUAUUAUUAUUAUCUCUAUCAUGAAUGCGCGUGUGCAAAUAUAUAUUCUCAAAUCCCAAUAAUUAGUGGUGAAUUUGUCUACCUCAAAUUUUUUCUUGAUUAACUUGUACUCUUGGUGUUAUUCGAGAAAAAUACCAUUAAUUGCCGCCUAUUAAAAGAAAAGGACAGAUUCUUUUCAUUUUUUAUUUUUUAUUUUUUUUAAACAGAGGAACAGAAUUCCUUUCCAAAAAUUGGCACUUAACUCCAAAAGCAGCUACUCUCUCUCUCUCUCAUUGAUGAACAAAUUAAUUAAGGGCAUUUUAUUUCUUAUUUUUUGGCCUCAAAAUUGCUUAUAACUCCGUAUUCAUCAAGUCCAAAGUGCAACAAAUUGCACUGAAAAACCAGAAAUCGAAACCUAGUAAAAACAAAAAGAAUAUUCUCGGAGCUCUUGAGGUAGAUAAGUGGCAGACCAAACAAACCGUUGUAAAUAUAAAAGCCAGAUUUUUGUCUUCAAACUGUGCUUUGCAAUCAUCUAUUGAAAGGCAUAGCUCCUUUGCCGUAUGCAAAUGGAUACACACAGAAAAUUUGAGAAAGAUAAAGAAGAAGUUUCAGAACUCUUGUCAAGCUCAUAUCAUUGGAUGAACCAUCAUAGUUUGAAUCUCCAAUAUAUGCCAUAUGUUCCCUCAAGUUCAACAGCCAACAAUCACCAUCCUUCAAACACCAAAUCCUUUCAGGAAAAAAAGAAAAAAGGUUGACAAAAAAAGCUUCAACAAGAAGACCCCAUUUGAGUUUCUUCUUGACAAAUGGGCAUAGAAAGAUCCAUUUCGCCAUCUAACGUUGUCAUGGCCUAUGACGCGACAAAGCAGUGCACAGAGUUGGAGCUUAAUUUGGCUAUCAAGACUGUCCGAACGAAGGAUGGCAUUCUCCGUAGAGGAGAUAAGCUUGUGGUGCUCGGAGUCUUGCAUUUGGUACCCCACCCUCUGGGAUAUCAAGCAAAAGCAUCUCCAGGUUUAUUUCAAAUAAGCACUCAUGCAGUCAUUGAAGAAGCUUCAAAGAAAGCUGAUAUGUUUGUAGAGAAUCUCCAAACAAGUGCUGAAAUGUGUGAAGAUGAUGGGGUCAGCAUUGAAGUAAAAAUUAUUGCUGGUUCUCCAAUGAAGCAGGUUAUUUUACAAGAGGCUAUGGCCUGUAAUGCAGCUUGGGUUAUACUUGAUAGGCGGCUCAAACGAGAUAUUAGGUUCUACAUUGAUAAGAUACCUUGCAGGAUUGCGUAUAUCCGAGAUAUGCUUUCUGUGGAAGUUUUGAAACAUUUCUCAAAAAAUACUACCGGUAGAGAUGUUAUACAAACCAAGUUCAUUUACUCCAUUUGCAAGCCUGUUCCAAAACUGAACAGUCAAAGUAGUGAUGAUGAAAAAUCGUCUUUGUUCUCUUGCGAAAGUAGCCCGUUUUCCAUUGAUUCUCUGGAAUUCUCUGAUAGACUCAACAGCAGCUUGAUGCCUUCUUCUUCCAACGAUGCUAUGCAUUUGUCUAACAAAGAAUCAGUUGAUGCUAGCACCAGUAAUCCAAGUAGUAGAGAUGACGGAGAAAUCACCAAUUUUCUGCGCCCUUGUUCACUGGCGUCUCUCCUCAUGCAGGCAUCCAUGGACAAAUCUUGACGAGCAAAAGAAGCUGCUUCAUAAGGAGGACUACAUAUCCAACUGGACUGCCCCUAUAUCUUAUAUAUUAGAUGCAUAUAUAUAUAUAUAUAUAUAUAUAUACAGCGAAUAAAGAAUGAAGCUUUUAAAUUUCUUCGGCAUGAAAAUUUCAACAACAGUUCCAUGUGUAAAGAAAUAUGUUUCUUUCUUGAUUUUCCUUUGUGAACAAUUUCCCUGUGAAUGGAUUGAAGUUUGAAACAUGUGACACCAUUCAACGCCCUAGGUUCUCUAACCAAUUUGAAUUUAUUACACUAAGAACCUUCUUAGCUGUUUAAGUGGCAAGUGGACCUCUGUUUUUCUGUGACCCGAACUGAGGUUAUUUAU